GCGUCACAGGUUUCUAUGGUAACAGAUUUCAAUCUAGCACCGGUCUCCAUUAGAAGUACACCAGCUUGUAAUCAAUUAACAUCUCUUGAGUUUUAGACACCUUUGGCCAUUUAUGUUGGGAAGAAAACAGAAAGAGGGGAGGACGCGUGGAUACUACUCCACAGGACUGGAUGUGUUUGGCGUCACGGAACGAGACCACACAUACAACAAAAAAAAGAGAGUUGGGCGGACGCAAAGUGCUGACUGAAGUGCAGGCAGACACCAGGGCAGAGUGCGGAGGAGUAAGCAGACAAGGCAGAGCACACGAGACCUGACUGACUGCGCCCAUGGCGAGCAAUAACACGGCCAGCAUCGCACAAGCCAGGAAGCUGGUGGAGCAGCUGAAGAUGGAGGCCAACAUCGACAGGAUAAAGGUGUCAAAAGCAGCGGCAGACUUGAUGUCCUACUGCGAAGCCCACGCCAAAGAGGACCCGCUGUUAUCGCCGGUGCCAGCGUCAGAGAACCCGUUCAGGGAGAAGAAGUUCUUCUGCGCCAUCCUGUAAACUCGGCACGGCCCUUCAGCUGUCUGCUCAGUGUGGGACUUUGAACGUGAACGUUCAGAAUACGUAGAAAUCUUCUAGUAGGAGGGCACGGCGAUUAUUGCCCCCCCUUCCCCUUGUUCUCGAACGGCACCUUAAAGAGUGCGAAAAUUAAAACCCACAGAGUUUACAUGUAACUAUUAAAGGGGUUGUGAUUGUGAUUUUUUGAGGCGUGUUGCAGCAUGUUGAAGGGGUCUGUGCUUUUAGAUGACACAAAAAGGAUGAUGAUGAUGAGUGUGAUGAUAACCCAGAGACGUGACGGACAACCUACCAAGUCUUCAGGUUGUAAUGUGUACAAAACAAAAAAAAAUAGAUAAAAUGAGAAUAAAAAUAUUUUGUGGUUCUUUUUGGGACUUCCAAAUGUUCUGUUAAAUGGUUAGUGGGUGGGUCGAGUGACGUAGGAUCGCAGACUAAAAUACGUCUACCGCUAGACGCCACCUGAUUAUUGGAAUGUUUUUUAAGUUGUUUAUGUUUACCUAUCACCUAGAUAUCUUUCUAUAACUGUACGUGAAACAGCUCUGUUUUUUGUUUUUACACCAACAGGUUAGUGAAAGCUUUUUUAAUGGGAUGUUUGAAACAUUCGACUCUGUGAUCCUGUCUGAAAAUCAAGUCUCUGUGUAUCGACAUCUAUCUGGCAAAUGUGAUGCUCCUUCAGAUACAAAACCCUCUUUCUACUGUUUGUAUAAAAUGACUAGCAAGUAAACUGUGCUGUGCUGUGAGUUCUGGAUGUUUGUGUUUGUAUCAUUAACUAUUAUUGCAUGAAAUGGACAAACGGUCUUCUCUAUUUCCUUUCAUGUGGAGAUUGUAUGAAACAGGGGCGGCCUCCAUCUGGAAGUGCCAAAACAUAUUAAAAACAAGAAUGAUUCAA